AUAUAGUAUCCGUCGGUGCUUAGAGCACUUUGAAUUGUCGGCGUUUACUUAGGGCUACAUAUUUCUAUUUUUUACUUUUUCAUUGGGAAAGCUUGGAAAAUGUCUAAUAGCCAUAUUUUCCUUAAAUCUGGAUUCCCCCGAUCCCCAUUACAAAAUGGAGUAGGUCGGUAUGUGUGCCAGCUACAGAGAGUUACGUUGAAAUUUUGCAAGAAUAAUGGUUCCAGCAGAGGGAUGAGGGAAUUUAUUGAGAACGACUUGCUUCAGUUUGCGAGAGAAAAUCCGGGCGUUGUUGUUUAUGUAAAACCCAGACGGCAUCGCGCGCCCGUUUUAGUCGGGGAGUAUUUGGAUGGCGAACGCGAAUGGAUAAAUUGUCGUAAUUCUACAAAAGAUGAUAUUUUGAAGUGGAUCAACUUUAUUAAAUUACAAAAUGGGCCAUCUAGUUCAACGCGAUUGCGUAAGAUGUGGCACACAAACAUUCCAUCAAUUCAGAGCCCUUGGACACCAUUUAUUUUACGACAUCCGUCUGAUAACUUAGUCAACUUUCCAACUACAGAGCACUCUACUCCUUUAGAUAAACAAGAGUCCGCUACAGAAAAAUUAUUGGAAGUAUUUAGGGCCCAAAAUAAUAGUGAAAAAGUUCUAUAAAACAUAUUUGUUGCAUUCUGCUUUGAAUAAAAUAUUUUAGUGAUACACAAGAA